GGCAAUUUAAAUAUGGUGACUUUCAACGUGGUUGCCUGUAUGGAACUGUAGCAGGCUUUUUCACCUUUGAGAAUUCCAUGUUUCAAGAAAAGAUAAGAACAAUUAAACGGCGCCUCGGUGUCUAUAGAUUCUUGCCGCUGUUUUUCAUUGCUGGAGCUGGAAUUGAGCUAUUUAUGAUAAAGGUUCGCAUUGGAAAGGAAACUUUUUGUAAGUGAGCUUAACUAUUAAUCGUGUACGUUGAUCUGGUAAAAGUACUGUUUUCUUUUUAUUAAUUAAAGCCUUAUCAACAGUACGAACAAAUUUUACUUUGAGUGGGUCAUUUUUGUCGCAUAAGUUUCCAUAUGAACUAUUCACGUCCACUUUGAAUGGUGAGACUUUGUUUCCCGUGUGCGGAUCGCUUGCAGAUUUUUCCUUUCGUAGUCACAAAAUGUCACAAAAUGUUACAAAAAUCUUUCACCUUUAACUGUUUCCUUUUAUUUUAAAUUAUCUUAGAGAGAGAUUUGGUAUAAAAUGAUUCAGCUGAAGCAAAAUAAUAGAUGGAAACCAUUAGUUCUGUUAAAAAUACUUUGCUAACCUUUUAACUCCCAUGAGUGACCAAAACAGAGUUUCUCCUUACAAUAUCAAUACAAUAUUUACUAGAAAAGUGAUGGGGAUAUAUCAAAAUAUUAAGUAGCUAUUUUUAACAGAUCUAAUACCAAGUUCUCCAAACUCACAUCACAAGAAUUGUGUACCAGACAGUAAGGAGAAUUACUAAUGAGAUCUUGAGAGUGAAAACAUUAACCAAAAAGUAGACAAAUGAAGAUCAAACCUCUGACUUGUAUGUCUUACAGAUGAAGUUUAUGUCAGAAAAGAAUCAGAAAGACGUCUAGAAAGAAGAAAACAAGAACAAGAAAACACAAAUAAACAGCAGAGUGUAGAAAUAUAACUUUUGAGGAUGCCUGCUGGGGUAUCUUGGCCUCGAUAUUUAACUUUCUUUGCAGUCAGUUUAGCAACUUGCCUGGCAGGAAAUCAAGUGGUGCACUUGUACUACAGACCAAAUCUGGUGAGGUUGUUUUGUUGUUUUUAUUUUAUGGUUCAUGAGCACAGGAGAUAGAAGAUCCUGGCUGGAAAAACUACCCUUUGAUUUACCUACAUUUCAGCAAGGUUUCCCUUUUUGCACUUCUAAAACAAAACUUGUUGGAAAGAGCAGCUGAAUCAUAUUUUUUUUUUUACAGUCCAGAAACUUGACUCUUUCUUUUCAUAUUUGUAAUUUUUUAUUCUCCUUAGCUGCUAUAUAUAACAAUUGUUAUAAAGCUCAGGGAAUUAAGAGUUGUAUCUUGUAUCUGAUAAGUUAAAUUAUUCUUACCACUUGCAUACUGAAUGAUACAGUGGAAUUAUGGAGAGAAAUUUCCCAUUAAUCACUUUUUGGAAUUGAUUGUAGGUUUCACUUAUUUCUAUAAUUAACUGGAGCUGCCAUUUUUAGGUGAAGCUCUUUGUUGGUGGUAAUUUUCCACUUUCAGGCAUGGAAACUCUGGGCAAAAUUGUUAUGAAAAGUUUUGAUUCUCUCUAAAGCAGACCUUUUGCAAGUUGUAUAUGAAGUACACAAUCAGCUUCCAACUGAAUUCUCCUCUGCCCUAUGUUACAAAAAGUGACUAAGGACUGGGAAUGAGUAAGGAUUAAACAGGAAAAUGAGAAUAAUAUGUUUUAUUAACUUACCUAAUUACAUUCAGUGAGAUCAAGUAAAGGACAAUACAAAGUGAUUAAGCAAAGGAAGUUUAUUUUAUAAUCAUGAAUUCUUAACGUCUAAAUACAAUACAAAUAUAAAACCUUGCUUUUGUAACUAAAACUUUUUACUUUCUUUCAAAUUUCAAAAUAUUUCAAAAUCUGUGAUACAACAGACUUCUUCACCAAGACAAGAGCAAUGUUUUGCUUAAUGAAACUGCCACUUUACAUCUCAUCUUUUGAUUAAAAAGAAAAAUGAUAGAUACUCUUGUUAUAGGCUUGGGCUGUCUGUGCUCACUGACCCUUUGAUAUUUUGUAUCUACUUUUUAUUUUAAGGAAAUUCCAGAUGUACCCCCAAAUCCAAAGGACUUUCCAGAACAAACAGGAUGGAGAAAAUAUAUUUCCAUAAAAAGAGACUAGUGUAUACCAUCUAAUUGUAAAAUAUUGAAUCGGUUGUGAAAUUUCAUGAUAAACAUUUUCCCUUCAAUUUGUAAUUACGUUAUGAAUCUUUUGUCUUCAUUUAAUGUUUUUAAAGGUUUUAAGACUAUUUUACAACAUACUGAGAUAAAGAUGAUAGAAAUAAUGGCAAAUUAUGAAAGAUCAUAUCUGGUUUGUAAUGUAACCAAAAAUGCAAAGAAGCACAUACAGUUGUAUCACUAAUGAUUAAAGAAAUGAUCAUUUUUCAACUAACACAUGUCAAACAGUUUUAUUGUAAUGCAGAGACAGACUUAAAAUAAUUCAGGAAAAACAUUUCAGGAGGGGACAAAGGUAUCUACAGUACAUAGCAUAAACUAAACAAUACAAAGAAAAGUACAUGUGAUUAAAAGAAG